GUUUGGCGUUUUGAAUGUACUGUUGCGCUGCGCCGCUUAUGGCAGAAUACGAUUUUAUUUCUUUGAAACAUAAUUUAAAACCUAUUUCAGAGUUCAAUCCUAUUUCUUCAAUGAUAGCAAUAGUAUAUUAGCCGAGAAAAUGGUACGUUUGACGGCUGAUUACAUUGUGAAAUGCAACGGGCAUACAAAACGUCAGAGAGAUGAAUCUACAAAUCGAUAUCUUAAACGCAUCACUCAUCUUUAUAUGGCCGAAAGGAAUAUUGAAGGAAUUGACAACCUAUCUGCAUGUCGCAAUCUUACUGUGUUAUAUUUGUACGAUAACAAAUUGAAUCGAACAUUGAAUCUUGGAACAGCACAGACUCUCACACAUUUAUAUUUACAAAAUAACAAUGUUUCUAAAAUUGAAGGAAUUGGUCAUUUAUAUCGACUCACAAAACUAUAUAUUGGAUACAAUAGUAUAUCAGUAGUUGAAGGAUUGCAAGGUUUAUCUCAACUCAGAGAACUACAUGUCGAACAUCAGAGGAUUCCUGCUGGAGAAAAGUUACUGUUUGAACCCAGGACGUUAGUUGGGCUAUCGAAAUGUCUGAAUGUUCUCAAUGUUUCUGGCAACCAUAUGGACACACUCAAUGAACUCUCAAUUUUGAGUGAACUUCUUCAUCUUAUCGCUUCUGAAAAUUAUUUGUAUGAUUUUGAGGAUCUCACUCAAGCUCUCGAUUCCUGGAGAAACUUACAGAAACUGGAAUUGAGUGGAAACCCAAUUUGUCACAAGGCAAAAUACAGAGAUAAUAUUAUCGUCAAAUGCCAAUCUCUAGAAUUGUUAGAUGGGAAACGUAUCAACAAUUUGGAAAAGAAAUUUUUAUUAAGCUGGAAAGCUUCGAAAGAAGCCAGAAGAAGAAUGAAAUUAGAAAGCAGAAUGAUGGGUGAUUUGCCACCCAUUCAGCCCCACUCUCAGCCUCCAGCCCCACCCCCUCAUUACAGCAUUGGAGGAUUACCAGGAGGCAGAAAACGUUUUGAAAUGAUUUUAGCAAAAUCAAGGAGUCUUCCAGCAUCAGCGAUCCCAGUUCAAGAAUCGAAAAGGGUUCAACAAUAUUCAUCUCCUGCAGCAAGGAUGCCACAGAAUAAUGUCCCACCACCUCCUACACUGGGUCACAAGAGUAUAAGCGAUGUCACUAAUUUGAAGAGCGAGAGACAAAUGACCCCUCACCCAAAUGCGACACACAAGGCUCGAGGUAAGCAUAACAAUGCUAAUGGUGUUCUCAAGGAAACUGAUUUUAUUCCACAAGAUAGGGCUACAUUUGCUGAGAUUCCUCCGAACUUGAACGGAUCACAAAACGGAUCCUUAAUGGGACAAAAACGAGGCUUUCUAAACAGUAAAACCAAUCAGAGGUUCACUCAAAGAACUGGAUUUUCGGGACAUAGCACAAGAUUUUUACGACAAACAGAUGGUCGCAGUGACAGUGAUAUACAAGGUGAACCAGCGUUAUUUUCCGCACAAGGUAUACAGUCGUUAACACUCGGAAUGAAUGGACACAAAGAUGACCAUGCAAUGCCAGUAGAAGGUCCAUCGAAAUUUGGUAAACCAGCUUUUUUGCAAGGACGCCGUGGAAACCAAAUUAAUAACCAGGGUGAAAUUACAGGACUACUUGCCCCAAUGUCAUCACCUCGGAUGGAAGGGGGGGAAGGGGGGCCAGUAAAACCUCACAUUAACGGCACGAGUCCACGACCUAUUGCAGUGUCUCCAUGACAUUUUUGUAAUAUACAUUACCCAUUAUUUUCUUGUAUUUCUGCUGUUUUGUGUUCGUGAUGGAGCAUGUUCCAAGCUUGAUUCUAAUUGUAAAAUAUUUUUCUGUAAUUUAUAUGGAGAUUUCUAUUCCAUUUUUGCCAUUUGUUAUGCUUUCUAAUAGUAGCGUGCAUCAAAAAUUUGAAAAUUGCUUUUUCAAGGAAUUGUCUUGCCAGAUUAAAAAAGUUCCGGUAAUUAAUUUUGUUUGAAGGAAGAGAAGAAAAAUAUCCUACUCAUAUGUAUAAAUUUAUUUUUAUGAAAAAUAGUGGCAAAUGUGUUAUUUAUUAAUAUAUGAAAAACAGUGUUCAAGAUAUUAAAUAAUAUUUAAAUAUAUUAUUGAGCAGGCUACUUCAGCUGCUGAUGUCACUUUGAAUUUUUUUGCUGCUUUUUAUAUGAUUUAUUGUACAUUCCACUGUAUAUUUUUGAUAUAUAUUCUGUCAUUGUCAGCCAAGUUUGGCUCAUAGGUACAGUCUAUCUAUUUACAUAGUACCGUAGGUUGUUCAUUUCAUCUUCCCAUUAUUCUUGAUUGAGUUAAAUCUGCUGAAUCAUUCUAUUAAACUGGUUAAUUAUUACUGCUGAGUAAUCAUCUGGUCAAGAUUUCCCUCCAUAUUGGUUCAUCUCUUCAAUAGCAUCCGCUGUUUUGCAAUUAUUUGUUCAGUCUCAGAACAUUCUUUAUGGUAAUAUGUCUCUGGACCCCAUCAUUGGUGGACAACUGAUUGAAUUUGGUUUACUGACUACUGUGAAUCGGCUAUUCUCUCCGUAUUUUUUUUUUAUAUCAGCCAAGUAAUGGCAGCGAAAAUUGCGUUGUUUUUGUAUGGUUAUUUUCUUUUACCUUGUACAUUGAUUAAAAUAUAAAAAAUGUUU